AUGAACGGUUUAUAUCUCAGCCGGGGGUUGCUGGUGCUUUUGCUACUUUGGACCUUGUUGGUUGUUGCUGAUGCAGCUGGUGUUACGAGCACGGAUCGAGGAGGAGCUGGAAGAAGCCAGAGGAGAGGAGGCGGCGGUGGCGGUGGAGGAGGAGGCGCGGACAAGAAAAGAAGGUUCCACCGAAUCCAACACGGGCAGUGCAGCUACACCUUCAUCCUGCCGGAGCUGGAUGGAUGUCAGGGGCCGAUGUCAAACACAGACUAUGGGGGCUCUCGUGGCGGGGCAAGUGUCGUUCAAAGAGACUCGCCAUCGAUGUACGGCGAAUUGUCGGCUCAGAAACUGCAACAUCUGGAGAGCACAAUGGAGAACAACACGCAGUGGUUACAGAAGUUGGAGACCGUCAUCCAGAGGAACAUCAGACCAGACACCGCUAACGUCCCGUCACAUGUUGUUCACAACCAGACGGCCACCAUGCUGGAGAUCGGAACGAACCUCCUCACGCACACAGCGGAGCAGACACGCAAACUCAACGUGGUCGAAGCAAAGGUGCUGAACCAAACGUCUCGGAUAGAGAUCCAACUUCUAGAGAAUUCUCUGUCCACCAACAAGCUGGAGAAAGAGCUGUUACUGCAGACGACUGAGAUCAGCCAGCUACGAGACAAGAACAGUCGUUUGGAGAGUAAAGUGAAGCUGUUGGAGUCUCAGCAGAGAGGAGAGCUGGACGACAUGAAGGUGGAGAAAAACAGACUGCAGUCUGUCGUCAGGAAUCAGAUGGCGGCCAUCGAGUCUUUAGAGAAGCAGCUGAGAGUCGCCAGCAGCAACAACACGGCUCUGCAGAGGCAGCAGGCUCAGCUGAUGGAGUCUGUGCACACGCUCAUUACCAUGGUGGCCAGCACUACAGGGUCACCUCCCAGGAACCAGAUGUGGAGAGACUGUGCAGAUGCUUAUAAAGCCGGUCACACUGUCAGCGGUGUCUAUCACGUCUACAUUGGUAACAGGACUGAACCCGUGCAGGUGUACUGUGACAUGGAGACGAGCGGUGGAGGCUGGACCGUCUUCCAACGACGAUUUAACGGCAGCGUGGAUUUCCAGAGGAGCUGGAGAGAGUACAAAAUGGGCUUUGGAGACGUGUUCGGAGAGCACUGGUUGGGUAAUGAAGUCUUGUACCUGCUGACCAGUCAGAGCCAGUACUCUCUGAGAAUAGAGCUAAAGGACUGGGAGGGAGAAGUCGCCCACGCUCAGUACGAGAGAUUCACGCUGGCUAGUGAGAGACAGCAGUACAGGUUGUAUCUGAGAGGUUCCAGCGGUACAUUCGGGAGACAGAGCAGCCUGGCCAUCCAGGGGACUGGCUUCAGCACCCGAGACCGCGACAACGACAACUGUGACCACUGCAAAUGUGCCCUGAUGCUCACCGGAGGUUGGUGGUUUGACGCCUGCGGUUUCUCCAACCUGAAUGGUAUGUACUACGUUGUCGGCCACAACAUCAGGAAGCUCAACGGCAUCAAGUGGCAUCACUUCAAAGGCCCCAGCUACUCCCUGCGCUCCACCUCCAUGAUGGUGCGGCCCUACGACUUCUAA